AUGGUAGUAAAAUUUUCAAAAAAAGUUAUACCGAAAUCUACUAUAAUUAAACGAAAAACUGUCAGAUCACCCAACCCUUUAUUGCAAUCCUUGGCAGAUUUUUACAUAAAGGUGGCAAAGAAUUGUUCAUUUGAUGAUAUUAAAAGAAUUGCUAAGCGUCUUACUAUGUCAAAUAAAGAUCGACCAGUGGUUCGUGUUUCCGAGAUUGUAAAAGCAUUAGACAAUGACACAGAUAAAGUGGCUGUUGUUGUAGCUAAAGUGUUAGAUGAUGAAAGGUUAGUUACCUUACCUCCCAUGAGAAUUGUUGCUUUAGAUUGGUCUAAGUCCGCCCAAGAGAAGGUUGAAAGGGGCAAUGGAUCUUUUUUUACUUUAGAUCAAUUGUUCAAAAUAUGCACCGAUCUUAAUAAUAUUGUGUUAGUACAGGGAGAUAGAAUGAAAAGAAAAAGUGCGAAAUUUUGGGGUAAAUCGCCUGGACAGAAAGGUUCUUCUACAUUACCUAGGGCUAAUAAGAAACAACGUGGUGGUGAAAAGAGAAUACGCAUGAAAGGUAGAAAGACGGCUACUAAAAAGUCAACAAGCGAUUAA